AUGACUGCUGGCUCCAUUGCACCUCUUGAUUACGCUUCCUUGAAGAAGAAGUUCCAACCAUUUCUUUCCAGACGUGUGGAAAAUAGGUUCCUGAAGAGCUUUUGGGACGCUUCCGACAUCUCCAAUGACGUCAUUGAGCUGGCGGGCGGUAUGCCCAAUGAGAAGUUCUUUCCGGUCGAAUCCAUUGACUUGAGAAUAUCGAAGAUUCCUUUCAACGACAAUCCAAAAUGGCACGAUUCGUUCACCACGGCUCAUUUGGAUUUGGAUUCUCCCAGCGAGCUUCCCAUGUCCCGUUCUUUCCAGUAUGCGGAAAGUAAGGGCACGCCCCCCCUUUUGCGUUUCGUUAAGGAUAUGGUCUCAAGGAUAAACCGGCCUGUCUUUUCCGAUGAGAUGCAGUCCAAUUGGGAUGUCAUCCUUUCUGGCGGGUCCAACGACUCCAUGUUCAAGGUCUUCGAGACCAUCUGCGACGAAUCCACCACCGUCCUAAUCGAGGAGUUCACUUUCACCCCGGCAAUGUCUAACGUGGAGGCUACGGGAGCAAAAGUCGUCCCGAUCAAGAUAAACUUGACCCUCGAUAGAGAUUCUCAAGGCAUUGACGUUGACCAUCUGACGCAGCUACUCGAUAAUUGGUCUACUGGCCCUUACAAGCACUUGGCCAAACCGAGGGUUCUUUACACCAUCGCCACGGGCCAGAACCCCACGGGGAUGUCUGUUCCCCAGUGGAAAAGAGAAAAGAUUUACCGGUUGGCCCAGAAACACGAUUUCCUCAUUGUGGAAGAUGAUCCCUAUGGCUACUUGUACUUCCCGCCUUUCAAUUCGGAGGAUCCAUCGGAAAAUCCCUACCAGUCCAGCAACCUGACCACUGAACGGUAUUUGAAUGAUUACUUGAUGAAAUCGUUUCUCACUUUGGAUACCGACGCUCGUGUCAUCCGAUUAGAAACGUUUUCCAAGAUUUUUGCUCCCGGCUUGAGAUUAGCCUUUAUUGUCGCGAACAAAUUCUUUCUGGAGAGAAUCUUGGAUCUGGCAGAUAUCACUACCAGGGCCCCUAGUGGUGCCUCCCAGGCAAUUGUUUAUUCCACCAUAAAGGCAAUGGCCGAAUCCAGCACGCGCUCCUCCCUUUCAUUCAAAGAGGCCAUGUUUGAAAGUUGGAUGCAAUGGAUCAUGCAGGUUGCUUCUAAAUAUAACCACAGAAAAAAUCUCACUUUGAAAGCCUUAUACGAUACGGAGUCCUAUCAAGCCAAUCAAUUCACCGUCAUGGAGCCCUCCGCUGGUAUGUUCAUCAUCAUCAAGAUCAACUGGGGCAACUUGGACAAACCUGAUGACUUACCUCAACAAAUGGAUAUAUUAGACAAGUUCUUGGUGAAAAACGGUGUCAAACUUGUUCUUGGCUAUAAGAUGGCCGUUUGCCAAAACUACUCAAGGCAAAGUUCGGAUUUUUUAAGACUCACUAUUGCUUAUGCAAAAGAUGAUGAUGAAUUGGUUGAAGCUUCCAAAAGAAUCGGGAACGGUAUAAAAGAAUUUUUCGAAAAUUACCAGAAAAAAGGUGAAAAAUAA